AUGCAGCCUGCAUUCUUCGAGGAUGGUCAAUCUCUAGCGUCUAUACAUUAUCAUGUGGACGCUUGCUUCUGGAAGGGGAACACCUUCAUCGAUGGAGCUACCUUCCUAGUUCCCUCCAAGCUCCCAGAGGCAAGGUCGCAAUGUUACAGUGUGGACCUGGACAACACCACCGGGGUACAUCACGUCACCCUCCGAAAGGCAGCUCUUCAAACAGGUUUGCCGUUGAUCAGGUUGUCAAAUGCCAACUUCUCCAGUCACGACGUCGAGUUCUCAAACGGAGAGAUGAUGACAGUGCCAAAGCGACAGACUCGCAAGACUCCGUCCAAAGUAUAUGAGUGGGAAAGCUCCAUCGCUCAAGCUAGGCCUGUUCGCAACAUCGUCCGUCAGAUCCAAUUCGGCAUGUUUGGACAAGACAGUGAAGCCGACGAGGUCGAGCAUGUCCACGAUCAGACAAUCUCUGCUCCUGCCGGAUCGGACAGCUCCAUCACAAGGGUCGGACGUGUCGUAGGUCAGCAAGCAGCGGAUGAUCAAUCAAGACUUUCCAAUUUCGCCAAGUCAAUUAUCCACGUCGUGUCUGGGGGUUCAACGGCCUCUAGUUCCAUCGGAGCCGAAGUUUCUGAUGCCGCUGCACAAGCACAAGAGUCUAUUGAAUCUUCAGUCGACACACAGUUGUCGGACAACUCGAGCAUAUCUCGGCGAUCAAGCGCUGGAAGCCAGGGUAACGGAGAUCUUACGUCAACCGUCCCUACUAGUCCCGCGUGGUCGACUCUCUCAACGUUGCCAUUCUGGAAGUCGGCAUUGGCGAACUUACCGCAGGUUCCCAUCGCGCCAGGGAAGCCCAGUUACGCAACCAAAGCGCUCGCAUUGGAGGUUCAAAAGCACGAUGACCUAGGCAAGACCGAUGACCAAGAACAGACUGUUUUUCGUCGUCUGUCUUGGGGUCUGAGAAUUUCAGACCGGCAACUCCUCCACUGGGACGAGAUCCAGGAUGGUGAAUCACCUUACCUCGAGAAAUUUCCUGCUCCUAGAAAUGAUCUUGUCAUGACUCAAGAAGGCCAAAUCGAUGUAGCAGAGGAUGUUAGUAACAACGUCCAAUCUUCUCUGACAUCGGCUCCGCUCACGUCAACGCCUGUCGAAGCUUUGCCAUCAUUCUGCACCAACGAGGCCUACAUCUCUCAAUGCUUUGACGCUCUCGAUGUCGUACGCAUCGAGCUCGUUGGGCGGACAUAUUCGCGACUCUUCCCUCUCGAUCUCGUACUCGAAGCCAAGGGAAAGCAGCAUGCCACAGACGCGCCCAAGAUUCAGCGAUUUCCUCCAGUAUCCGAUGAGUUAGGCGUUGAGAUUGCAAUUGAUAGCGCUUCGGGAGAGCUAUACCUGAGACCAAAGAUGAGUGCUCCAUCAAUGGUCGUCCAGUCCAUUUCGGCCACCAAGGGCACAAAUGUAGCGGCUGGAUCUAGUGUCCCGGCUCAAGACCAGCCAUCGAGCGAUAGUGCUUGGCAGCCACACCGACUGGAGGAUAUUGACUUGACCGCCGUAUUCAACCAGGGAGCCACUGAACUGGACGAUGAAGGAGUCUAUGCAGAGCCGUCGACCAUCGCUUCUCACGUCAUUGGGAGCCGUCUCGCACAGACACAGUAUAUUCCAUCAGAAUAUGCGGACCACGUCGAGUACAUGAUACAGGCUCACCCGUUCGUACCCAGGAUUGUGGUUGAAGCCAAUGAAUACUGGAACUUUAUUAAGGUAUCCAUCAAUGGUACGUGGUACGCGCAAGGCUGUCCAAAAGGCUUCCUGCCACGACGAUCUUUGUUCGAGAAUGACUCCGACGCAGUGUUUCGGGAGUUGCUUGGUCUCGGUAGCAAGCCCCAGGCUGUUGUGGAGAGGCCUCAAGACCUUCGAGUUGGAUUUCCCGUUCAUCACUUCAACUUGAUCGACCAGCCUGUCUUCCAAGAUUCUCGGAAUCCCUCAGCAGUCUCAUAUUGGGCUGCAAUUGCAAGCUAUCGGAAGAUGCAGAUCAAAGACGGUGUUAGCUGGAAGGCAGUUGUAUCAUCGCAGGCAGCAAAAUGGGUGGACCCGUGUACUUUGGACCGAGGCGUGGAGAUCCCUGAUGACCUUCGAGCAAGGCAAAGCUCAAGAACACUCCGCGAUUUUGUCACUGGCCAGACCACCAUCCGAUAUCUGCCUUGUGGUACUUGGAUAUGGGAUGAAUAUGAUUCCGACCAAGAGAUACCGGAAGUCAUGAGCACAGAAACCCGUGAAGCAAUGUUAAAUGCGUCCUCAGCCGCAAACACGUUUCACGGUCUGCAGCGACCAUACUUCAUUACACCGUACGAUGGAGAUAUCAACGUGAACGACGAUGGCACUGGUCAGCGUUCUUUAAGAUUGAAGCAGGGGAGGGAAUGGAAGACCUCGGAGAGUCGCAGCUCUACAAAUCUCCGCUUGGUUGACAACGGCACUGUGCGUGUGUAUUCCUUCAAGGGAAUGGAAAAACCCAGAGUGUCCGAGGUCUUGGAGAAAUACGAGACUGCGGACAUCCUGGUGAUUGACUUGCCUUUCAAAGCAGAGCCCGCAAAUGCCCUUGAAGAGACACCGAACGAAGCAGGUGCUGAUGAGAUCGAAGACGAAUCUUCAGAGGCAGAGACUGAGUUGGACGAGGAGCUAGCCGUUGAUCACGAGACAGUAAAUUACGUCAAUACGUCCACAAGCCUCAUGGUCAUCAAGUCGCCGGCUGCCGAGAAGCCCGACAAAGAUAUGGUACAAGCGCCCGUCGAGGAAAAUUCGCAAUGGUCCUUGAAAUCGGUACUCAAGCAGAUUGUCAGAGAAGCAGCGGAGAAGGCUGCAGAGAACUCGGACAAGUCAAACCCUCCAGACUUCCAAACAGUGACACAUGACGAUGUGGGCGCUUUACGUGACACCCGCAAAGCACAUGUGGCUCCGGUUGAUUCAGAACGCGAUCAGUAUCUUGCGGAAGUGCUUGGACCUAACCCCAACGCUUCAAAGAUGGUAUCCGGACAAGGCAGUGUUCUUCGCACUGCAGAUUUCAUAGAGACUUCGGAGUCACCAGUACCGCCGGAACGUCUUCUUUCGAAACAGGUCCAGACAGAUCUUGAACUGGAAGUAGCACCGCCGCCUGUGCACAGGGUUGCGAAUUCUGAGCUCGCCCAUUGGUCUUCUUCCCCCCAGCGUAUCAUGCGCGGCGAGUGGAACCGCAACACUAUUGGCGAAGAGAGUGAAGAGAAAGAGCGCGAUCCAGGACUCGAUGUGGAUUCCCUGGCCAUGAUACCGGACUGUGCUGAGCGAUUCAAUCUCGCCUAUAUUCUAGACGGGACGAUAGUGGAUCCAGAAUUUGACGAGCAUGUCGCCAUGUUGCUCGGACCUGGCGUCCUCGCCCAGAAAUUCAUGUCCGGACAAGGCGUCAUCCCAUUUACUACGAGUGGCAUGAUGACUCUGCUUGGACCUGGCGCCGUUGGGAAAACGAUGGAUGGCUACGGUAUUACACGGGCCACGAGGGGUAUGACUUUUCUUGGCACUGGUGCAGUUCCUGACAUAGCAUACGCUAUCCUGGCUGAGAGUGAUGGGGCGACUCUCCUCUUCUCAGAUUCUGUUGACAAUCCGAUGCCUAGGUUGGGUGGUAUUCCUAGCACCACGGAUUCCACAGAUACUCGGGAGUCGCCUAUACUAUCAGGGCGCAAUCUAUCGCCUAUGAAGAUGUUCUCUUCGGCGCUGGACCAGCCGAAAACUCCCCCUCAGAGCCCUGAGGCGGUUGAGACCCUUGGAGUGUGGGAAGAUGACGGUAAAGGUGGCUUUAGAUCUCCUGGCAAGCACUGUCCCCAGUGUAUGACCAUAGAUGUGGACAGUCAAGGCGACGACGUCAGCGUCUUCGACUCUAGGACUGAGGAAGCGCCAGCUGCUGCGCAGACAGCUUUCUAUCAGGCCCUGGUCUUGGCAAAUGCGAGAGCAGAAUCCACGGUUGCUGAUCGAGCGACCGACUUCGAAGACGAAGAAGUGUCUUCGACGCCUGUACGGUCCAAAUUAGUGGUCUUGUCUCCUAUCCAGGAGAACUCUCGAACUCCAAUCCAGAGAAUUAGGCGGCCUACUGCCCCCAGACUGCCUUGGAACCCCAACUUUAUGUGGGGUAGCCAUCGGACAUGUCUCCCUGCUCGCAAGCAAGUCUUCAGCUCGGCAGAGCGCGCCUUAGCAGAGCCAGUUUCAGCCGAGAGCAGCAAGACUCAUUCGCGAAACACCUCGUUCUCUUGGGAGGAAACCUCGACAGAGAGCGGAUAUACUCACACGCGGAAUACGUCGGUCUCAAUCACUUCCUCUUCUCCCGAAGCCGUGUCGACCGAGAACGGAAAUACUCAUACGAGGAACACCUCGCUCUCAGAAGCUAGGUCGCUUGAGGAGGAUUUUAACAACGAGCGCGCUGUAUGGGAGGUAGUGAGGCGUGAAGGAUACGCAGCAUCGCGAAUGGCACAGUUUGACUCUCCUGUCACAGCCGCUGCCGCUCUCGGAGCAGCUGCGCCGGAGGAUGCGCUUGCUUCGCCACCAAUGCAGCACGAGGCAAAGGGUCAUACUUCGCACUAUCUGCUCGUCAUUGCGAUCGCCGUCGCUUUCUUAUGGCCUUUCGUAUGA